CCAGCCCUCGAUAUCGGACGGUUCUUGUGCGAGUGCGCGGCUCUCGACGACGGCAGCUGCAAUGAAGGCGGCGCUGGGACGAGUGAUCGGCGGCUCUGCUUCGCGAGACCAGAGCCCGGCGCCGCUGCCUUCUGAUGAGGGCAAUGAUGCGACGAUGUACAUGAAGCACAUGACCAUCUCGAGCGACAACUCGGAGUACUCGCAGCCGAGUGGGCAGCGCUCUGGGAUGCAGCGGGCCAAGGGCCAGCCGAGCGGCGCGCAGCGCAGCGGCGCGCAGGCCAAGGCUGGCCUCGCCGUCUCCUGGUUUGGAGUGCCUCUGGCAGAGCAGCCGACAGAGGUCGAUCGGGUAGCGGAGUGGAGGAGCGAGCGGAAAGUGCCGAAGCUUCUCGCCGCGCUUCGGCGCGCUCUCGACGAGAGCGACGGGAUGCAGGAGGAGGGGAUCUUCCGUACCGCCGAGGCGGCGGGCAAGCUCUCCUUCAUACGCAAGCGGCUCGAGUCGGGCGAGGACCCGGACGCCGUGCUCGAGGGUUGCUCCUGCCACGCCGUGAGCACGCUCAUCAAGGCGUGGUUCGCUGAGCUGCCCGGCGGCGUGAUGUGGACCGGCGGCGACGCGGCCGCCGCAAAGGCGAAGAAGAGCAGCAAGAAGGGCGCGCAGGCGGCGGACGCGGGGCGCGAGUUGGAGCGGGAGCUGAUCGCGGCCGCAAAGGUCGGGAUGCCGAUCAAGAUGAUCCUCAAAAACGCGAUGCCCGAGACGCAGCGCGACACGCUGUACUGGCUGCUCGACCUGCUGUGCGAGGCGGCGGCCCAGCAGAGCACCUCGAAGAUGGGGGCGGACAACCUCGCCGUCAUCUUCGCACCGGUGCUGCUGCCGACCGACGCAAGCGCGCCGCCGAUGGAGCAGCUGCAGCGCGCAAAGGACGGGGUCACCCUCGUCAAGAGCCUGCUGGUGACCCACGAGAAGGACAGGCCAAAGCCGGCGGCCUCCGACUUGGCCGAGGGCGACGAGAGCGCGACGGGCAUCGACAUCAACGGCGACGGGGCGGUGGGCGAGGUUCCCCCCGCUGCCUGAAGGGCUCGCCGCCCAGUCGAUUAGCGUCACAGAGUGCGGGCGGGCGGGCGAGCGAGGCACGGCCUUGACACACCAUCCUCGGCCAAUCUCAUUCGUACACUCUACACACUCCUGUCUCCUCAGUCGGGGCAUCCGGUGUGUUCCCGCACACGCACCUCUGCACAUCGGCCCGCCGCCCCACACACUGCAUCCUCCCCGAUUCGGGGUGCGCCCCCAGAGAAGCACACAAGGCGGCCCCACUUUGUCUGUGCUAAAAGAGAGAACUUUACACUGA